AUGGGGUUAGAGACGUUCUUGGUGGGGGGUCCAAAAAAGAAAAAGUCUGCUGGGGGUAAAAAGAAACUGAGCAAAGCUGAAAGGCUGAAAUUGCAGAGAGAAGAAGAGGAGAGAAGGCUGCUAGAAGAAGAGCAAGCCCGAUUCCGCGCCGAGCAGGAACAAGCUAUAAGGCUCGAAAAGGAAAGGAUUGAAAGGGAGAAGAGAGAACGCCUGGAAGUCAAAGAUCAAGAUCGCAGGGGGAUUGAACUUGCUGAACUUCAUGUGCUAGAAGAAAACUUUUUGACUGCGAGCCGAUGGAAGAUGAAAUCUAGAGCCCUUGCUAAGUGGGAACAUUACACCGGCUGUGAUGGGAAUCCGGAUCCCACAGUCCCCCAAGAAAUUAACACUUUCAUGAGUUUGUGGGAAGAAGACAAAAAUAACGAUAUCCAGACUGUUGUUGAGAAUAGCAACAGGGUGUUAGAAUUAAUUGAGAAGUUGGAGAUUGCCAUUCUGGACACGCCUUUCCAUGAGGUGUCUCCGCGUGAGGUGACUCAGUACCAAGAAACCAUUCUGAAACUGCAGGCUCUCCUUCAUCACAAAUACAACGAAGCAACGGAACAACUGCUGAAGCAAGCUAGUAGUUAUGGCGAAUCGGAAAGCGGGAACAUGGAGGUGGUCAUUACAAAGAAGAACGUCACCUUGUGCAUUUGGGCAAAUCUCAAGAAGAACCCCAGGUUCCGAAGCCAAGUCUUUUAUGACGAAGAGAAGCAGCCUUGCAACGGGUUUGAACUCCCCAAAGCUCUGGCCAUUUGCGAUGUUGCUGUACGCGUCUUGCAUACCCAUUACGAUCACGUAUCUCCCUGUCGGGCUUUCCCCAAAGAACCGCCCAAGCUGGACGUCUCAAUGCUCAAAGUGGUGAGCUCUGUGAAAAGUGCAGAGAAGAAAGGGCGAAAGAUUCAAAAGGCGUUAGGAGAAAGUGGACUGGAAAGCAAGAUUGAGCAAAGCACAGACAGUUCAACGGUCAAUAGCUCAUCACACAACCAAGAAAUUAAGAUUAUCAUACAUGAGUCUGAACUUGCAGAACAUCCCUGCAGCAAGAGUUCCCUCAUCAUUCGAUCCAUUUCCAGAGUGCACGUUUCCUCGUUGCGGAGCGUCGACGAGUCUGAAUGGGAGCCCCUUGAAGAAUAUGUGGUGGAUUUGCACCAGUUCAUGCCAGUGGGCGGCGUGUACCAUUUUGAUGCUCUGAAGCUCCCACCGCAAGCCAAACAAGUCAAGGGAUGGACCAUGGUGGAAGUGCUGGAUACAGGUUUGGAGAGCUAUCCUUACAUCGCAAUGUGCGAAGAAGGUGAGGACCCCCUUUCCACGACUGUCGGAAUCACCGUCCGGCUUCUUGACAGCGUGAUCUAUUUUGAGGAGCCUCUGAUUGCAAGAUGGGAUCCUGAAGGCAAAUACUGGAGAACGGAUGAGAUUGGGGAAGUGGUCUACAACAUGAAAGAGAAGGCAAUCUCCUUCAAAAUGAACGGCUUCUUCACCGUGACAAUGCUCCAAGAUGCCCACCUCAACAUGCCCUACCAGUCCUGGGAGCUCCGGCCCAACGCCAUCGACGAAGCCGUUUUCAGCAUCCUCAGUACCUUUGCCGAGGUGCAGAUUCAAAUCAAGGACAACCAGUGCAUGCUAGACAGAGUCAGCACUGUGGAAGAAACUGAUCACCUUUCCAAGUUGAAGGGGAUAUGGAUGAGUCCGCUGGCCCUUACAAGGGCUCUGAAGCGGGCUGGGAUGAACAUCUUCCCAGAGGAAUACUCUCCAAAGUAUGUCAGCAUGAACAAAAAGACACUUGUAGCUGAAGUGACUGCCUAUCAGCAAAUGGCUAUUGUUGCAUCUGCUUUCGCCUUCAGCUGGAGCAAGUGGAACUCACAGAGCGGAGAAAGCAACGUGGUCUUUAAGAGCUGUGAACACUUGACGCAAGACCCUGUACGUGAUGCAACCUGGGCCCUUUAUAUGUUCAACGGGGAAAGAGCUCAGAGGCUUAUGAUCACGGAGGAAAGUGAUGCCUUCUCCAAGAACAUAGCAGAAGACACAGAAUUCCACUCCACCCUUUACCACCUGCUCCGAGACGCUAGUACCGACGCGGGGAUGGAGAGAGUCAGUCACACCCACUACCUCUUCAUUGAUGCUGUCUACCAGCUGCUCCUUGCUACCAGGGUGCUAACAUAUGCUUAAGACGUCACGUGCCA